AUGCCCACCCCCACAGCUACAGAUCAGUGUCUUCCAACAAGAAACGACUCAUCAUCAGCGGAAACAUCAGCAGGUCAUGAGAGAAACGAGAAGAAUGAGCCAUGGACGCCCCCUGACGAGGCUCCUGACGGGGGUGUGGCAGCGUGGCUUAUGGUCCUGGGCGCGUGGUGUGUGCUGUUUUGCAGCUUUGGGUGGAUCAACAGUAUCGGGGAAUUCCAGGCGUACUACGAACAUAAUCUCCUCCGCCAGUAUUCCAGCAGUAAGAUCUCGUGGAUUCCGUCGCUGCAGAUAUUCUUCAUGUUUGCCAUGGGACCAGUCGCAGGUCAAAUCUACGACAGAUUUGGUCCUCGAUACCUUCUGUUGGGUGGAUCGCUUCUGCAUGUCUUCGGCUUAAUGAUGACAUCCAUAUCGAAAAGUUACUAUCAGAUACUGCUAUCCCAGGGCGUAUGUAGCGCCAUUGGGGUAGCUGCCGUCUUCCAAGCAGGGGUUAGCAGCAUCCCCAGCUGGUUCAACAAGAAGCGUGGUGCAGUAUAUGGCAUUGUGUCCUCAGGCUCAAGUAUAGGGGGAGUCGUCUACCCUAUUAUGAUCAGCAAGCUCAUUAGAAUCCUUGGAUUCCCAUGGACCAUGAGAAUUUGCGCGUUCAUGAUCCUUUUUCUUCUAAUUAUAGCCAACCUGACCGUCAGGUCCCGUCUCCCGCCGAGCCCUCAGAAGCUAUCCAAGGAGUCCUUGAUGCAACCCUUCAAGGAGUUGAAAAUGAUGUUACUAGUAGCUGGCUUCUUCCUUCUCACGUUCGGGAUAUUUGUUCCGAUGAACUAUCUCGUCACUGAAGCAAUAGCAAAGGGCAUGAGCCGUGAUCUGGCUGAGUACUUGGUUGCGAUUCUGAACGCAGGAAGUCUCUUCGGUCGUCUUGGCGCCGGAAUCUUCGCCGACACAAUCGGCCCCUACAACAUCUUCGUGGUUGUCACCUACAUCGCCAGCAUUCUUGUUCUAGCAGUAUGGAUCCCGAUCUCGAACAACCCCGGAACCAUCGUAUUUGCCGUGCUCUUUGGGUUCGCCACGGGCGCGUACGUUGCGCUUGCCCCUGGCCUCGUCGUAAAACUUUCCCCAUUCCCGGAGAUCGGAUAUAGGACUGGACUUCUUUUCCUGUUCGCGUCUAUCAGUGGCCUGACGGCCAAUCCAAUCGCAGGCACUAUUUUCCAACACUCGGGUGGAUCAUAUACAGGCAUGAAGAUCUUCUCUGGCGUGUUGUUGAUUGCAGGGUCGACCCUGACCCUCGGUGUUCGUCUCUGUCAGACGGGCAUGAAAUUGAAAGCUGUUUUCUGA